UGACGUAAUGCCACGGCCUAGCAACCGUUGCCAAGGAGCUCGUCUCUAGGAACCCUGUAGAGCCUGGAUGCCUCCUGCGGGGGGGAAAAGAGGUUUCUUGAGGAGAAUUUGAGUUAUGACCUAAUUAUGAGUGAUCAAAUCAAAUUCAUUGUGGACAAUCUCAAUAAGGAGCCUUUUAGGAAGAACUAUAAUUUAAUCACAUUUGAUUCCCUGGAGCCAAUGCAACUAUUGCAAGUUCUCAAUGAUGUUCUGGCUGAGAUUGACCCAAAGCAAGUUGUUGAUAUCAGAGAGGAGAUGCCAGAGCAAACAGCCAAAAGGAUGUUGAGCCUUCUUGGUAUCCUCAAAUAUAAACCUCCAGGAAAUGCCACAGACAUGAGUACCUUUCGUCAGGGUCUGGUGAUUGGAAGUAAACCUGUAAUUUACCCAGUGCUCCACUGGCUUCUUCAGAGAACUAAUGAACUGAAGAAAAGAGCAUAUUUAGCUCGUUUUUUAAUAAAACUUGAGGUACCAAGUGAGUUUCUUCAGGAUGAAACUGUGGCUGAUACCAAUAAACAGUAUGAAGAGCUAAUGGAAGCCUUUAAAAAUUUGCAUAAAGAAUGUGAGCAGCUCAAGACAUCUGGAUUUUCUACAGCAGAAAUAAGAAGGGAUAUCAUUGCAAUGGAGGAAGAAAAGGAUCAGCUCAUUAAGAGAGUUGAACGUUUGAAGAAAAGGGUGGAGACAGUUCAGAAUCAUCAACGGAUGCUUAAAAUAGCAAGGCAACUUCGAGUUGAAAAAGAGAGAGAAGAAUUUCUUGCACAACAGAAACAGGAACAAAAGAAUCAGCUAUUUCAUGCAGUGCAGAGACUGCAAAGAGUACAAAAUCAGCUGAAAAGUAUGCGCCAUGCAGCAGCAGAUGCAAAGCCUGAAAGUUUAAUGAAGAGGCUAGAGGAGGAGAUAAAAUUUAAUUCUUAUAUGGUAACUGAAAAAUUUCCUAAAGAAUUAGAGAGCAAGAAAAAAGAAUUGCAUUUUUUACAAAAAGUGGUUUCAGAGCCUGCCAUGGGCCAUUCUGAUCUUCUUGAGCUUGAAUCUAAAAUAAAUGAAAUAAACACACAGAUCAAUCAGCUGAUUGAAAAGAAAAUGAUGAGAAAUGAGCCAAUUGAAGGCAAACUCUCACUAUAUAGGCAACAGGCAUCCAUCAUUUCUCGUAAAAAAGAAGCCAAAGCUGAGGAACUUCAGGAAGCAAAGGAGAAGUUAGCCAACCUAGAGAGAGAGGUGUCAGUGAAGACAAAUCAGACCCGUGAAUUUGAUGGCACCAGAGUUUUGAAGGGAGAUGAAUUCAAACGAUAUGUCAGUAAACUUCGAAGCAAGAGUACAGUUUUCAAAAAGAAGCAUCAAAUAAUAGCUGAAUUUAAAGCUGAAUUCGGUCUCUUGCAGAGGACAGAAGAACUUCUUAAGCAACGUCAUGAAAAUAUUCAACAUCAACUGCAAACUGUUGAAGAGAAAAAGGGUAUAUCUGGAUAUAGUUACACCCAGGAAGAGCUAGAAAGGGUAUCUGCACUGAAGACUGAGGUUGAUGAGAUGAAAGGCCGAACACUUGACGACAUGUCUGAAAUGGUAAAAAAGCUGAAUUCACUGGUAUCUGAAAAGAAGUCAGCUCUAGCCCCAGUUAUAAAAGAACUACGACAGUUGCGCCAGAAAUGUCAAGAACUAACCCAGGAGUGUGAUGAAAAGAAAUCCCAGUAUGAUAGCUGUGCAGCAGGCCUCGAAAGCAACCGAUCCAAAUUAGAACAGGAAGUCAGGGGACUACGUGAAGAAUGUCUUCAAGAAGAAAGUAGAUACCAUUACACAAAUUGUAUGAUCAAGAACCUAGAAAUACAACUUCGUCGAGCUACCGAUGAGAUGAAGGCAUAUGUCUCUUCUGAUCAACAAGAAAAAAGAAAGGCAAUUAGGGAGCAGUAUACAAAAAAUAUUGCUGAACAGGAAAACCUUGGAAAGAAACUCCGAGAAAAACAAAAAGCUGUACGAGAAAGUCAUGGUCCAAAUAUGAAACAAGCAAAAAUGUGGCGUGAUUUCGAACAGUUGAUGGAAUGUAAGAAACAGUGCUUUCUGAAACAACAAAGCCAAACUCCCAUGGGUCAGAGGAAUCUUUUAGGAACUAAUAUCUCUUGUUUUGAAGAAACAUUUAUCUGAAGUUCAGCAAUUCCUACAGUUUCACUUCAGUUUCUCUUUCUUCUAUAAAAUUCAAGAAAAUUUGCUAUUUUGAAUAACAUAUUUGUUCUGUCUGUAUUAUUUAAAGGCAAAUAAAACUUGGUGCACAUA